AUGUAUCACUCAGGCAAUCCUUCUUGUUGCUACGGCGUCCAUGGCGAGGUCAACAACUCCGAUCUCAUCAUCCCUGCCUCUCGACCGGACGCCUUGCUUGCCGACGGAGCAGUAUUCCUGCCGCCGUCGAGCUACAUGUUGCACUACUCUCAGCAGGGGCGUGUUGGUCCACCCAGACCCAGCAGCCAGACAUCGUCCGGCAUGGCUGCAGCAGCGUCAUUCCGCCGUGUGUUGAGCACGGGAGACCUCCUCAGGCCUGAGGAGGAGCAAAGGGUGGCGGCGGCGGGAAGGUACAGCGUGGAGGAGCGGCGGGAGCGCAUCGACAAGUACCGUAGCAAGCGCAACCACCGCAACUUCCAAAAGAAGAUCACCUAUGCUUGCAGGAAGACGCUUGCAGACAGUCGCCCCAGGGUGAAGGGCCGCUUCGCGCGCAACGGUGCUGAUUACACGGAGGCGGAGCAGGCAGAUGUCGUUCAAGCAUCAUGCGGGAUAGCGUCAGAGUCGCCGCCGGUGAAUGAUGCUGCUCUCGACCGCGAUACGAUGAUGAACCUCGAUGUCAUAAAGGAUAGCGACAGCGGGAGCGGCACAACGCAGUGGUGGCCGGCAAUGCAGGAGGCGCUGGCCACCGGCAUGGACGACGACCUAGAUAAUCUCAUCGACCCUACUGACGAGGAGAUGCUCGCCGCCUACCUUGGCGUCUCCUCCAUCAGCCUCUACUCACCAUCAUACUCCUCCCCCUCCGGCUCCGGGCAGUGACACAUCUCGAUCCAGUCUCCAAUAUAUAUAUAAUAAUAUAUA